GAGAGAGUGGAUAUGUGGAAUCUGGUCUCGCAGGUGGUGGAAAGACUUGGCCAUGGCUCUCUGCUCCUGCUCCCUUCUUUUCGCUGCGUCGUCGACAAGCUCGCCGAUCCAAUGGACAGAUGCACGGACGCAGGCACUUUCGUCGAAGGCGCCGCUUUUGGUAGUUUCGCAGUCGCGGAGCGGCGGGCGCGGCCGGCGGGUAUGGCGGCGGAGGAAGCUGACAAAGAAAGAUGACUUGUUGCAAUACAAAAUGGAGAGGAUUCCUUUCCUCGAGGAGCAGGAGAGGAAAAUAAAGGAAACGGGAAAGCUAUUGACGAUGGACAUCGAGAGGCUUCUGCUGUCAGAGGAUAAUCGGUUCGAUUUCAUUAAUGAUGUCGCGGCUGAGGCGAAGGAGUAUGUUGAGAACAACAGGGAUGAAUACGGUGGCACUAAGAAAGCCAUCCUUCAUGUGCUCAGUAACCGUGUGAACGAUUCUGGGUUUUAUCGACCAGAGGCAUAUUCGGAGACUGAUCCCUUCAUACCCGGGCCUGGUUACUUGAAAGAGGAAUUUACCUGAGCGUCCAGAGUCUCCGUGUAACGAUGGCAGCCAACUGGACCUUGUAAUCUUGAUCAUUUUCGAGUUAUUGUCAUUGAUGCAUCUUACUAUUACAGUAUAUAAUGUACAUAUACACAUACAUAUCUUAGCUAAAUUAAAACAUGAGGUUUCUACUAUAA